AUGAACAAUAUAUUUCAUGAAAUUGACGAUGUCUAUGCCGACGAAGAUACUCUGAAUUUUCAAAAAAUUUCUCUGAAAAGUCCCUUUGGUAAGAAGAAGAACAUAUUCAAAAAUGUUCAAACCUUUUUCAAAUCAAAAGGUAAACAAUCCCAUACCGAUGAUGACUCGACCAAUGUAGAGCAACUCUCAUGUAGCAAAUCUUCGUUGUCAGCUAAAUCGAGAAAUAGUGAAGGCAAUAUCCCCUCACCAAAGAUAAGACAAUAUGAUCGUCGGGAUGAGUACGAAGAGGCUGAAGGUGACGAUAUGGUAUUAAAUAUUCACUUUGCUUCUCAAACGUUACAAAGCCCAACUAGGAACUCAUCAAGAAGAUCUUUAACUAAUGCCAGGGAAAACGAUCUUUUAAGUCGAAUCAAGUACCCUGGCAGUCCCCAGAGAUCCAACUCAUUCUCAAGACCAAGAUCCUUGUCAGGAAAAACAGGUACUAAUAGCAGCAGUAAUUCAAGUAAAAGGGUGCUAAGACAGGAUAGAAAAAUUCCGAGGUCAUCAAGGAAAAGUUCACAGAGAUUUUCACAUACUUCUCAAAAUAAUAUGAAUCUUACUUCAGCCUCGUCCAGUCCAGUGACUUUUGACUCGACAAAGGAAAAAUGUUUUGAAUCAAGUCUAGGCAAAACACAAAUACCAUAUUACUAUGACGACAAAAACUCAAAUGAUUUUUUCCCUCGUAUCUCUCCGGAAACAUUAAAAAACAUUUUGCAGAAUAAUAUGUGCCAGUCAUUUUAUGAUUCGUGUUGCGUUAUAGAUUGCCGAUUUGAAUAUGAAUAUACUGGUGGCCAUAUCAUAAAUUCCGUUAACAUACAUUCGAGGGAAGAUAUAGAGAGCGAAUUUAUUCAUAAGGUUUUGCAUAGCGAUACCAACAACAGUAACUUACCAACUUUACUAAUCAUCCAUUGUGAAUUCAGUUCCCACCGAGGACCUUCAUUGGCGUCUCAUUUGCGAAACUGCGACCGUAUAAUGAAUCAAGAUCGCUAUCCCAAGUUAUUUUACCCCGACAUAUUGAUAUUGGAUGGUGGAUACAAAGCUGUUUUUGACAGUUUCCCUGAACUGUGCUAUCCAUGCCGGUACGUGGGUAUGAAUUCACAGGACAAUUUACUCAAUUGUGAACAAGAAAUGGACAGAUUCAGAAAGGAGUCUAAAAAAUUUACUACCAAAAAUAAUUCCUUCAGUAAAUUGAUUUCCUCUUCAAAUCCUAAUUUGUUCUAUGAUGGUAACCACCAAUCUUCAACGACGGUCGAAUCUUCAAUACUGUCAUUCAAAUUCGAACCACCUCCGAAACUAUCAUUGGCCCACAAAAGAAUUUCAAGUGGGUCAUCAUUAAAUUCGAGUGAGAGCGCUGGUGAGGAAAAUUUCUCUCCCAAUUUCAGUAAGUCAUCCAUGAGCAGUAGCUGCAACUUAAGCACCUCUCAUAUGUUAUUAAUGGAUGGUCUAGAUACCUCCUCAUACAUUAGUUUUGAAGAUGAUAGAAGUAAUAAUCAAGCCGGAGAUUUUACUUUUGUUGGUUCAGAACGAGAGGAUUUCCACGGUCCUGCAAGAAGAUCGCUAUUACCUUCUUUUCAGAAGGAUGAAGAAAACUGA